AUGGCUACCCUCGUGCGAGCUGAGGACGAGGGCGUCAUUGCCUCUCCUCUUCCCCAAGUAGUCGGAUAUGUGCUUGUGGUAGUGGUGGGCCUUCUAUUUGCCUUCGUUAUGAUUGGGAUUACUGCUUUGUUGAAGCGAACACAGGGCGAAGAUAACUCCAAGAUUGAGACAUUCAUGGUUGCCGACCGAAAAGUCGGCACUGGCUUAGUCGCAUCAGCUGUGGUUUCAUCUUGGCUUUGGAGCACAGCUUUACUCAGCUGCGUUUUGGUCACUUAUUCUUACGGAGUGAGCGGCGCAUUCUGGUACGGAGCAGGCUGCUCGCCCAUGAUUGCUGCGUUUGCAUAUCUCGGCAUUAUAUGCAAGAAAAGGAUUCCGGAAGCGCACACGGUGCUAGAAGUGAUUCGUCUCCGAUAUGGCACUCUCGCACAUAUAAGCUUCGGUUUCCUGGCCGUUGUCAACAACCUCUUCAACACAAUCAACAUGAUUCUCGGCGCGUCAUCAGUCAUCACCUUUCUGACCGGGAUGCACAUCAUGUCCUCUACCUUCUUAGUUCCUGUCGGGGUUGUUCUAUACACGUUGUUCGGAGGCAUCAAAGCAACAUUCCUCACGGACUACAUUCAUACUACAAUCAUCGUCAUUCUUUGCUUGUACCUCACCAUCAAAACAUUCCAGCACGAGAGCGUCGGAUCGAUUGGUGGCCUAUAUGACCUUGUGGUGGCUGCCCAAGAUGAGCACAAGAUCGCAGGCAACUAUCAAGAGUCCAUCUUGACGAUGACAUCCAAAGAGGGCAUCAAUUUCGCCAUCAUUCUGCUCGUUUCCAACUUCGGUUGUGUUAUUAUGGAUACUGGAUACUUUAUCAAGGCGUUCGCUGCAUCUCCAUCCUCCGUCGUCCCUGGCUAUAUUGCAGGGAGUAUUUCUUACUUCAGUAUCCCCUGGUGUUUAGGCACAGUCCUGGGUUUAGUUGCUAUCGGUCUCGAAGGGAGUCCAUCCUUUCCCACGUAUCCGAGGGUGAUGACAAGUGAGGAGGUGACCACCGGCCUUGUCCUCCCGUACGCAGCCAUGGCCGUCGCCGGAACAGGCGGUGCUGUCGCUGUCCUUCUGAUGACAUUCAUGGCCAUCACAUCUACUCUCUCGGCUCAGGUCAUUGCAGUAUCCUCCAUUUUCUCGUUUGACUUCUAUCGCACAUACGUCAACACAGAAGCUCGCUCCUCCGAUCUAAUCCGAUGGAGCCGGUUCGGCGUUGUUCUUUUCGGUAUCGUUUCUGCCGGGCUCACGGCAGCUUGCCACUAUGGUGGAAUCGACAUGGCAUGGACUCUUUACACGAUCGGCAUUGUCGUCUGUCCUGGGACAUUCCCCACUGUCUUUGCCAUUCUCUGGCGGAGGCAGAGCAGAGUCGCAGCUAUAGGCUCUUCUUAUCUUGGAAUCAUAACGGGCAUCGCUGUCUGGCUUGGCACAGCAUACCGUUUUGGGGGCGAGAUCUCCAUAGCUACUACGGGUCUCACAUUACCGUGCAUGUACGGGACAGUUGCCUCCAUGUUCAGUCCCCUGCUUUUCACCAUUGUCAUUUCGUAUUUCUGGCCUGCUCAAGACGACUGGGAAACGCUAGAAGAACACAGGUUGGCUGUGACCGAUGACUCUAAGUCCGGCGGUGUCAGCGCAAACGAAGCCGAAGAAGUUCCAAAGAAUGCUGGGCCAAGCAAGCAAGACUCUUCUAUACGCGUCGUAGGAAAAGCCGACACAGAUGUACAGCAGCGCCGUUGGACACGUCAAGCCAUGAUUUGGGCGAUUGCGACAUUCUUGGGUCACUGGGUGCUUUGGCCACUUCCAAUCUACGCGGCUAACUAUGUUUUCAGUAAAGCGUUCUUCACAGCUUGGGUUGUUGUAUCAAUCAUCUGGCUUUGGGCUUCUUCUAUCACUGUGAGCGUCUGGCCUUUAUGGAGCGGACGCGAACAAUUGAUUGGGGUUUAUCGUGCCCUUUUCUAA